AGUGUUUGUAUUUUAGGAGAAGGGGUAGUCAUCUCGGUUGCUUUCAGCCUCCUCUGGAAAACUAAAAACCUUCCUCUAGCAAGUGAAAGAGGACUUACCCUAGUUUUAGAAGAGUUAGAUGUGCAUUUCUACUCAUCCUUUCUAAAUUAGCCAACCAUUGUUUGAGGUAAAAGGAAGAAAAUCCUCUUAGGCGGACAGCGGGUGUUUGUUUAGUGUGCAGCGUGAUCUGGUUUGAAGCUAAGCUAACUGCAGAUGUGAUGGAAGACUUCAGCAGGAUGAUGGUGAGAAAGGUCUUUAUUCUGCAUAAAUCUGACUGUUUAUCUCUUAAUAAUGCAAAGACAAAUGCUGCAGAGAGGAAGGUAAAAGCAGGACAAACUUGAGCGUCUGUUUCCACACAGACUGAGUGAGUUUAUUUAAAUGUAUUUCUGCUACUAAAGCCAACUUUUAUCCUCCCACGUUUUGAUCCCACGUGAUUAUUGCGAUAAAAACUUUAAAAAUUAACAUAAAGUCACUUUAAUCUCUAAAAUACAAGUAAAACUGCAAUUCAACUCUAAAUAUUCAUUUUGAACCGAACUUUUCCUCUCAGUAAAUAAAGUUUAGUUGUAGAUUUUGUCGUUUUUCUUUGUUUAAAGUCGUGAUAAAACUUUUUAAAAUCACUGUAGAGUGUUUAAAAGUUUAGGGAAGCCUUGUAAUUAAGUCAGUUUUUGAGUCUGAACACACAAAAAAUUGUUUUAUUGUUCAUGUUAAUUGUCUGGCUCUUUUUCUUUUGUUUUUAAUUUUACUGUACAGCACUUUGGUCAGCGCUUUGUUGUUUUUCAAUGUGCUUUAUAAAUAGACCUGGAUUGAAUUGGAUAAAAAUAACAAAAAUCAAAGUUUUACACAAAACUUCACAAGAUAUCAGUUAUCACUAAUCCUCUAAUACUUGAAGUAAAUCCUGGGUAUAGUAAACAAUCACCACUUUUUUCUACAUUUUAUGACUUUUUAAUAAGUUUUUGCAUUAAACUUGAGCUGCAGGAUAAUGAAAAUAAACUACUGGUUUUCUUUUUUUAGAACAUUUCUGCAGCAUAUUUUAUCAGUAAAAAGAAACAGGAAUUUAUUUGACUUAAUGUGAGUUUUUUUAGUGUUCAUAAGCAGAAAGAAACUUAAAGGUGGGGUAGGCAGGAAUCUGUUAAAGAAGCAUUUUUUUUGUGGUGUUUAUACAUAAAAACUUUAAUAUCAGUCAAUAGUUAUUAGUUAUUGAUGAUUGGUAAUAUAACGAUAUCGCUGUGUUUUGUUAUGUCUGUGUAGUCAACAUUUGAACAUUUUUGAGUGGUCCGCUCUUUCUGACUGUAAACAAGGCCGUUCAGUUUCCUCCUGGGGAUUAUUGAAGUAUUUCUGAUUCUGAUUCUGAAAUGUUGUUGUAUGGACUUCAUCCAAAUGCCUGAAACCAUAAACCUUUGUUAUUGCCUUUCUCAGAUGUCCUCUGACCACCUGGUGGUUGGAGGCGUACCUGCAGGAGGGAUGGACGGGAUCACUGUGGUCAGGAUCGAUGACACACACAUCGCAGAGGAGCAGUCUGAUGUCAGGACGAAGGUCAGAGAGGGAGCAACAGCGUACUACGAGAUGGGGUACACGCUGGAGGGGGAGGAGGCGGCUGAAGAGGAGGAGGAGGAGGACAACAGUGUUUAUGUCAUUGAGUAUUCAAAUCCUGAAGAGGAGGGACAGAGUUACCAGUUCACCAUGUCUGUGGACAGAUCGCUGCCUCCUAAGAAGCCGAUUAUCAAACAGUCUGUGGUGAGAGAGAGCACCAAAGCAGCUCUACCUGUGGCGUCCAACCUGAAGAGGCCGCAGAGGCCGAGGAAAGUGCCAAAGAGGAUAAGGCCGAUAGAGGAAGAGGAUGUGAAAAAGGAGCCGAUUUUGAGCAACAAGUGCGUGUUGGAGCUCGGCGAGGACUACAGCGACAUGAUGAAAAAUAACGAUGGGAAAACAAUCAUUUGCUCGCUCUGCCCGCCGCCCGGCAGGUUCUUCAAGAAAGCUUCAGGUUUGGCUAUUCAUUUGAAACAGAUGCACAACAUGGAGGGGAAGAAGACCUUCUACUGCAUGUGGUGCAAACAAAACGUUCGCUCUCAGGUCGAACUGGACGCCCACACAAAACGCCACGCCAACCAGGAUGCCGUCUUCACCUGCUACAUCUGCUCCACAGAAAAAGAGAGUCAAUCAGAGGCCGGGGAGAAGGUCUUCAAAGGGAACAAGUGGGGUCUGAGGAAACACCUGGAGAAGGAGCAUCCAGGUAUCAUCCCUCCCUGUCACUUCUGCCACAGAAGCUUCAAGUCGCUUGUGUCGUACCUCGCGGAUCAGUUCAGACAUGUUGGCGUGACACCAUACCACUGUGCGAGGUGUCAGAUCUACGAGAUCACAGAGAGGGGUCUGAGGGUUCACAUCAAAAACCACGACAAGCCGAGGAAGAGGAAACGGGAACAACCAGCUGAAAACCUGUCUGAGGUGCCAGAGACCCCCGCCGUGGAUAACUCGGCCACAGACGACUCUGACUUCUGACACGUAAACGGAUAUAUAUCUGACCGAGACUUAAGACUCAAAAACCAGCAACUCAGUGACCUCCUGUUCGUCAGACUGAUGCAUCAGCGACUAACGUACAUGAACCUUGAACUCUUGAACAUUUAUAAAAGUAGGAUUUUAUUUUCAGAUUUUGUUUUUCUCAAAUAUUUUCUCAAGUGUUUGAUAACUGCUGCUGUGGUGGAGUGUUUUUGCUUUUUCAGAAAAAUGUGAAACUCUCGUAUUUGAUGAUCUUAAACUGAAAACUCUAAUUCAGAGAUUGUUUGAACUGUGUGAUAAAAAAGACGGAUCAAAAGUUUGAUGAACCAGAAGGUCAUAACUGUAGAAGUCUGAUGUAUGAAAAGGUUAAUCAUGAAAAAAAAAAUGUCAACGUAAAAAGUCAAAAUUCAGAUUAUAUCAUGUUAAACUCAUGAGGCUAAAAAGUCCCAAACUUAAAAAGUCUUAAUGAUGGAGGAUGACGGAAAUUAUUUCAGUUACGACUAAAUCAGAAAUUUUCUGUUAUUAGACUUUUUGUUUUAUAUCAAAGUCAUGACUCUUUAUAAUGGUCACAUGACUUUUAUCCCAUAAUAAGGACUUUUUGUCUCAUACUUUGGUAACGUUGUCACUUUGUCUUUUCUUGUUAUUCAGACGUUCUACCUCUUUGUUUGGACUUUUACCCCAUUGUUAUGAUUUUCUUCUCAUGGUUUAACACUAAUGCGAGAGAAACACUAAAAGAGGUCUAUGAAGAGAUGUGUAAUUAAACUAUUAUUAUAUAAUAUUAUUUUCUUUUUUUAUCCAAAAAUAUUCUCACUAAAUAAAAAAGUGAUAGACAGACAGAUGUAUGAUUGUAUUUUGGUCUAAAGAGCAGAAUCUCCUUGACUUCUGACUGCUUGGAAAUUUGUCUAAAUGUUCAGUCCUGUUACAAACCCAAGAAAACACUAAAAUACACCUGAGGUUUAGUGCAUUAACACUGAUAUGCUGUUGUUGAUGAGCAUUGAGUAGUGAAGGUGUCUUUAUCAGCAGUUUGUUUGAAAUUAGAAGUCUGUGUUGUGUUUCAUUUUUUUACUUUUUGUUGUAAAAGUUUGAUUCAGCAACACAUUUUUUUUAACUUUUAUGACAUCAUUAAAGGGAAACGCCACUAA